AUGUCUCGUCGAGACAGUGAUGAGGAAGCAACGUCUUAUGACGAGUCCGACGGUGCGGAAGCCAGUGACGACGAACUUCUUUUCGAUGAUGAUGAAGAUAGGCGUCGCUACGAGGCUGAGUCUUACGAUGUCGAAGACGAAGAUAUGUUCGCCGAACCUGAAACGAUUCCACUGGACUACGAAGAUGAAGAUGUUCCUGAACCCUUCUCGGAAGAACCUGACGACGAAGACGCAGAAGCGCUUCCUUCAGACGACGAAGAACUCCAAGAAGCUUCUUCUUAUUCACUGUACAUGCUGCAGCGAAGAAUCAUCCUUGAGGAGAUGAAGACCAUUGACAACGAAACUCAUCCCGAGUAUAUUUCUGGCGCCAAGGAAAUAGACGAUUGGUUGAAGGAAGAGUUGCAGGACGUGGAGCGGAUCAUAAAAGGAAUUGAAGAACGAAACACUGCGGAGUAUGAGAGUGAUGUGAAGAUUAACGCCCAAGAACUCGAGGCGAGACGAGUGCAAGUGCAGGACCAGCUUAUCCGGGAAUUGGAGGAUAAGAGGAAACAUACCGAACAGGAGCGAAAUGCGAUGGAUCUGCACAACGAUUCCUUCGAGUUCAAGCCGAUGGUGACCCGGAAGUUGAGGCGGCGAGCUCAUGACCCAGCGGCGCCGCAAAGCAAGAAAGGUGGCAGUCGGGGACCCACCAGCCUCAAAAUCCUGGUGGAAGAAGAAAUUGCCCUCACGGACCUUUUCGAAAUGGAUCCAGAACUUGUCCAACCGUAUCUACCGCUUCUUGGCCAAUCCACUCGUCGCUCUAACCGAGAGCGAGAAGCGCAUUUUACCUACACUUACGAUUCGCCCAGUCCCGUGAGCUUAGCGGAUAUGUCUCCAGAAGUUCGCGUUGAAGACGGAAAGCUUUAUUUUGAUAAGAAAUGGUACAACCGGAACCAACCGAUUUUCCUGGAAGGCAGGGACUAUGGCAGAAUAGCGGGUACACUAUCGUCUGUUCAGGCUGAUUCAAUUUGGAUCAAGAAAGUGACGGGCGGGGCGAGGAUUCAGGUUUUCCUUGGGCAGCUAUUUUGCGGGAGAUGUUCCAUUAGAAGACGCCCCCAGUGAUCCUGGAACGUGUUUUCAGCAAGAUGGUCUCAUAACCUGGGCUGAACCGUUCGUGUCCCAUUUUAAGAAGAAAUUUUUUGAGCUUCGGAUGCCCAAGAAUUCUGCUGCUCUUCAAUUUGCUCAUGACGCUCAUGUAGAAAUUAUGUGACAUAGUUAAGAUCGGAAAAGGGGCCUCCCGAGCUUGCAUCGUCUUCCCUCAAUCAUGGCUUCUGGAACGUGUUCGUCUUUUGCAUCGACUGACACUACUGAUCGAAAAAACACGAAGCUGGGUCUGAGGAAUCCCCAAAAGGAAGAGGUCCAGGGUUGGUUGCAGAAUUAUGCUUGCAUCUGCAAGGGCUGAACUUUUAUUCUCCCCCUGAAGAUGAGUUGCGGUACAUCGGUUAUUCAAUUUCUUUCACGAUUCAAAAAAUGUGCUCUGGAAAAUCUUGGUUGACACUCGGUGUUACCGGGAUCAUCUGGGCCAAUGUCCCUGAAAACCUCGGACUGCAAAUGAGCGAAAAUGAAAAAAAAUGAUCGUCAAUUGCCGGAUAUUAUUCUUAGCGAAAUUUCUCAAAAUCUUGGAAAGCGAUACCGUUUCCAGGCGGCUUUCAUGUCAAUAUGUUACUGUAGAUUAUGAAAUGCAGUCUAAUCUCGUAAUGAAAUUAGUCGUACUUUUUGGGACCAGCAAAAAUCGCGCUAGGGAGGUUUCGAGUCGGGGAAACAAGCAUUUGUCUUCGGGGGUAAAGAAAAGUUAAGAAAGAAUUGUAAUUGGUGAGUAAAUACUUGAAGUCGGGCGUUGAGAGAAUAACCGAGCUAACUGGUAAGCGGUUUGGAUUGUCUGAUGAAAGAUGGUACAUCGUGUGGUGUAAACUGAAGAACACUUCGUGCGAUGAGUAAAUACGAUGAGGAAAA